UACUCUUGUUGCCGUUUCUUCCUUGCAUGGAUCCCUUUUUCGUGUUGCUCGUGAAAACUCACAAGAGUACAAACGAUAGAUAGAUAGAGAGAUCGGGCCGGUGCGAGGGAACGGUGCCACGAUGACCACGAGGAGUAGUAGGAGGAGAAGAGACAGCAGCAGCAGCACUACCAUACUAUUCCUUCUCCUCCUCGUUCUACCCUCUGCUUCUUCUUCCUCCUCCAGCUUCGAUCAGCAGCAGCAGAGCAAGAAGAUCAUCAGCCAUCUCCCUGGCUUCGAUGGCCCCCUUCCAUUCCAACUCCAAACAGGGUACGUGGAGGUGGACGAGAGCAAUGGCGUCCGGCUCUUCUACUACUUCAUCCGGUCGGAGAGGAAGCCGGAGGAGGACCCCGUCAUGCUCUGGCUAACUGGUGGGCCUGGAUGCUCCGCCUUCUCCGGCCUCGUUUAUGAGAUCGGCCCUCUCACCUUCGACCGUCACUCCAGCAUCGAUGGCACACCUAAAUUGCUCUACAAACCAGACUCCUGGACAAGGGUGAGCAAUGUCAUCUUCCUGGAUUCCCCGGUAGGAACUGGUUUCUCUUAUUCCAAAACAGAGCAAGGAUACAAAUCAAGCGACACCAAAGCUGUCAACCAAAUAGUCGUCUUCCUCAAAAAGUGGUUUGAUGAACACCCAGAGUUCCUGUCAAAUCCUCUUUACAUUGCUGGUGAUUCAUACUGUGGCAUGAUUGUGCCAGCCAUCACCCUUGAAUUAGCUAAAGGAAAAGAAGACGGCAAUAUAUCAGCUCUUAAUCUAAAGGGCUACCUUGUGGGCAAUCCAGUCACAGAUGGAAACUUUGAUAGUCCAGCUAAAAUUCCAUUUGCUCAUGGGAUGGGUCUCAUAUCUGACGAAAUGUACAAGGCGUACAAGGACAGCUGCAGUGCGCAGCAAAACAGCCAGCAAAGCUUCCAGUGCACAAAUAGUCUUGAUGUCAUUGACAAGUGUGUGGAGGACAUAUGCACAAACCAUAUUCUGGAGCCCCUCUGCACUUUCGCGAGCCCACAUCCAAACGGUGAUUCAGGCGCACGGCAGGUAAUCCAGCUUCACGACUACGCUGCCGAGGCCAGGCUACAGUUGUCAGACAUUUCUACAGAGUGCAGAACAGCAGAAUAUAUAAUGUCCAGAACAUGGGCAAACAAUGACGCAGUCAGAGAUGCUCUGGGUAUCCACAAGGGUACCGUUCCUUCAUGGUUAAGAUGCAAUUACGACAUACUGUACACCAACGAUAUCCGGAGUUCAGUGGAACACCACCUGGAUGUGACAACCAGAGGCUACCGGAGUCUGGUUUACAGCGGUGACCAUGACAUGGUUAUACCAUUCAUCGGCACGCAGGCGUGGAUCAGGUCUCUGAAUUUCUCUGUCGUGGAUGAGUGGAGACCAUGGUAUGUCGAUACACAGGUUGCAGGAUAUACAAGGUCAUACUCGAAUAACCUCACAUUCGCAACCGUGAAGGGCGGCGGACAUACUGCUCCAGAGUACAUGCCAAAGCAAUGCCUUGCUAUGUUUGCAAGGUGGGUUUCUGGGGACCCCCUUUGAAGCCUCAACCUAAAGUGGUGGUUAAUUACUCCGUGCAUCAGAUUGCAAAUGCAUUGUGUAAAUAGAUAUUCGCAAAAAAAAACGUUACUACAUACACGUCCAAAAGCUCGAUUCAUCAUUCAAUUUACUAUUUUCUUCAGUGCACAUAUAUUGUUAUCUAUAUAAAUAUCUGCAUCUCGGAAGGAGAUACGGGGUUCUAUGAAAUCUUGGUGUUACAGGCUGGAAACGGUCACCGGAGACCUCUUCAGUUCCGUAUGGCCGUAUGGGUACUGUAUUAGCAAUAGAUUCUAUGAUGCAUGAAUGGAUGUAAAUUUUAGCCUCUAUUGAUGUUUCUUCUAAGAAUGAUAAUCGAUGCUCAAUAAUAACCUA